AUGCUCAAGUUCAUUACGUCCAGCAAACGCAAGAAACCCAGCGAAGAGAAUGAAGAAAACCACGAUCCUACUAAGAAGAAAACCAGAGUAGACGUCGACGAAGAUCAUACAAAAUCACCACAACAACGGAAACAGUCUUCAGGUUUCCGCAACGAAUGGGUCAGAGGUCGUGAGGCGUGGCUUUACUGUCGUUAUGAUGAAGGGAUGUUUUGCCGAUUGUGUCAAAAAUUCAACAAGCGCCCGUUUGAUCGUGAUACAUGGAAUGUAACUGCAUGUAAACGAAUUCGUCUGAGUAGCAUAAAGGACCACGAGCAGAUAUCAGCCCAUCGAGACGCCGUGAAACGUGAGAUGACUUCCGCUACCAGCCAAAACAUCGGCGAAGUUAUUCAACCCGAAGUGAAAAAAGAUGCCAUCACCUCUGCGUUUAAAGUUAUGCAUUUCCUCGCCAAGCGUCGUAUACCGCAUACAACAAACUUUGAACCAGUGUUGAAUUUAUUAUCUCAACUUGGAAUGUCAGUGAAAGCAGAUUUACACGUCAGUAAGAGUGUCACAUAUUGCAGCGAGAGAUCCAUGCACGAAAUGAUAAUUAUUUUAUCAUCAGUGCUAGAAGACAAAACAAUCAACGAGUUGAAGCAGUCAGAGUUUUAUUCAAUUAUGCUGGACGAGACCACCGAUGUGAGUGUCGGCGAACAAUUAACAUUAAACUGUUGGUACUUGGACUCAACUAGACAUUUACGUGUAAAAUUUUUGAAGAUGGUCGAGCCACUGAAACCAGACGCUGACGACAUUCAUACUGUAACACUAAACGCAGAAAACAUCACCAGGCAUGUGACAACGUAUUUCCGGGAAAAUGAACUCGAUUACGAAAAAUUGGUUGGCGUGGGAACAGACGGCGCCGCUGUUAUGACCGGCAAGCGAUCUGGUGUUGUAAAACGAUUGCAGGAAAUAGCUACUACUGCAAUCGGAAUUCACUGUUGUGCGCACCGAUUGCAACUAGCAUCAUCACAGGCCGCAAAUGCAGUACCGUAUGUAAAGAAAUUCGUGUCGAUUCUACGUCAACUAUAUGACUAUUUUGACAACAGUGCUGUUCGUUCAGCGGGGCUCAGUGCUAUCCAGACUACGCUACGAGAGCAAGAACUAAAACUACUUCAACCAUCAUCUACACGCUGGCUCAGUGUCGAUCUGUCAGUAACCAGAUUGAAGAAUAUUUUUGCUUCCGUGCUGAUGAGUCUCGACUGUGAGGGAGAGGAACGCAGUGAUGCAAAAGCAGUUGGACUCCAAAAUCUUAUGUCGUCCUGGCGCUUCAUUGCUACAAUGUUGCUAAUGUGCGACCUCUUGCCACACGUGAGCAGGCUUUCUAAGGCAUUUCAAGCCAGCGAGUUUGAAUAUAGUAGUAUGAAACCAUUGGUCCGUUCUACCAUUACUACAAUAACCGACAUGAAGCACAACGACGGCGAAAACCUACAACAGUUACCCGACUUGAUCAACAAAUUGCAACAAUCUGAUAUCACAGUGAAAACACGUGCCGAUGAUGCAAUUUUUUUCAAGAACAGCGUCCGCGGGAAGUACAUUGAUACAUUGAUUACAAACAUCGAACAACGAUUCCCAGACAAAGAUAGCGGUAUCCUCGGACAUUUUAGUAUAUUCAAGCCCGAUAGUUUACGCCGAGAUAGCUCUACUACGUAUGGCAACGCCGAUGUGAGAGAACUGUCCCAUCAUUUUCUCCAACGCGAGGAGCAGCCUGACAUUACAGCAGACGCCGUGAAUGAAUGGGGCAACUUCAAAAAUUAUUUAAAAGACACCAUUUUACACCAACCAGAUCUGACACCUGGCGCCGUCGUCGAUGUCCUAUGUACUACAUCGUCGCUGCAAUUCGGAUUUCCGAAGAUCGUCCAACUUGCCAAGAUAUACCGCGUUCUGCCAUGCCAUACCGCCGACUCCGAGAGAACUUUUUCUCAAUUAAAAUUGGUAAAAACAAUUCCACGAAAUCGCCUGGGUCAAGACAGUCUUGACAGUUUAAUUAGAAUUGCUGUUGACGGUCCAUCUGUGGACACAUACAACUACUCAAGUGCCGUGAAGAGAUGGGCAGAGAUGAAAAAUAGACGCAUAUCGUUGAAGUAA